AUGACAGACCCCAAAAAAGAUGGGGUGACUUUAUCCCUGGUACUCCUUUACAGUGGUAGUUUAACGGUUGCCGCUGGUUGCAACGUCGUUAUUGGUUCACUCCUUCUGCUGUUCCCUUCCCCUCCACCUUCUUCACUCCUGUUGAUAGGAGAAUUAAUGCCUCCUGCGCGUCCUCUCUCUACGAGGCGUUAUUCUACUCAAUCUUCUUCACCUUCCUCCCCUUCCGAUGGAGUAGGAGAAAAGAACCAAGGUAAACCUGCUCGUAAACGUCUUUCCAAGGCGGAAAAGGAUGGUAGAGUUUUCCCUGGUGAGGUCCAAGAAGUUAUUACAGAGUGCUCUUCUAUUCUAAAAGAAACCGGUAAGACUUACUCUGCUUAUCAAUUCGCUACCUUCACGUUGCCUUUCUUUACUACCCUCUUUAAUCACUGGUAUCAUAAUGUAGAAGGGAAGAACGUCAAAGUUCUUCCUUCCAAUAUUGCUGAGCUGCUGACUCCUGUUGCCUUAGCCUUUUGGCUCUCAUCGGAUGGCAGUUACCAGAAGGAUAACGGUGUAGUAAUCCUCUGUACGGAUUCAUUUACAGCUGAUGAAGUUGACCUUUGA